AGAUGUCACUAGUAUCUGGUAACAUAUAACUUACAUGGGGUAUGUCAUGAAAAUUUCAAAGGGCCAAUCAAAAUACGAGACAUAUUUACUGCUUCAAUUAAAAAAUUUUAAAGUUUUUAAUUUAUUUUAGUUUUUUACGUGUAACUACACUAAUAUACAACAAAAAUUAAAAUAAUGUUGAGUUUAUGAACAAUGGAUAUACACUCUAAACACUGAUGCAUCACAGUCCACAUGAUUAUUGACGAAAGUUACGUUUGAGGAUAUCUAAAUUGAAGGCAAUUGCUUUGUUUAUUUUUCAGUGGAGUAUCAAUUUUGACAUCCUUCAUUUCAAGUCUAAAUAUAUGAAAAUACAUCCACAUAAACUUUUAGUAGUAGCUGUAUACUAUUUCUUAUGCUGUGUGUAUGUUACUGUAGACACAGAGCUGACGCAGACUCUGUGGAUAUACCCCACUCUUGAAUAUGAACAGUACCCUAUUUCUCAUGUAACAAACAUGGUGCAGUUUACAAACACAUAUUCUAACAGAUAAAAUGGAACUCAGGAUCUCCUGGAGCCGACGUAUAGCUAUUAUUUACACAUUGUGUAUAACGGUUUUAUCCAUAUUGUUGGUGCCAGAAUGCAUUGCUUGUAAUGGUAAAACAGAUGGAUUUCGCCAGGUGCUCAACUCUACGACUGGUAUAAUAUCAGAUGGCAAAGGAGAUUAUCCGAUAUCUGCUCAUUGUGAAUGGCUCAUUCAAGCUGGGAGCCCAGAUAAAUUCAUCACACUUAAGUUUGAAAACCUGAGUGUAGAGUGCUCCUAUGACUAUAUCUUCAUCUACGAUGGGGAAUCCUACAACAGUAAGCUUCUGGGGAGCUUCUCAGGCAGUAACACCCCACCAGUCAUCACUGCCACAUCAGGGAAUAUGCUGAUAUACUUCUACAGUGACAGGAAUUAUGCCCUUGAGGGUUUUAACGCCACCUAUACAGUAACAGACUGCCUGCUUGACUGUAGUGGGAAAGGCACAUGUAAUAGCCUUACCCACACAUGCCAUUGUCAUCCUGGUAUGACAGGAGAUGGCUGCCAGCUUCAGGAAUGCCCAGAUUUUUGCUCCCAGCCAUUGGGUGAAUGUAUUGGAGGGAAAUGUGUAUGCAUAGAUGGCUUUACAGGAUCAAACUGUGCCCUUUCAAUGAAUAGCACCAUAGGAAAUAGCUCCUGGUAUCCGGUUGCUCCUACUGGAUCAGGCUUUACAGCAAGAACAGGCCAUGCUGGGGCCUUUAUCUCAUCAUCGAAUAGUUUCUGGUUAUUUGGUGGCAAUACUCUAAAUGAAAUACUCAAUGACUUGAUACGUUAUGACUUCCCGAGCAAUAAGUGGAUUGAGGUGACCAAGAGUGGCACGUGGCCGGAAGCUCGGAAUAAUCACGCAGCAGCUGCAACUCAGUCUGGGUUGUUUAUAUUUGGAGGCAUCGCUGCCAAUGGGACUCAUUUAUCAGACCUUUGGUUUUAUGACAUCACAUCUGGGGUAUGGAUUGAGAAAGCACUGGCUGGUACAGUGCACCCUCCGGGGCUCUCUGGCCACACCUUAACACUGGUAACUGAUGGCAACUCUCAGUAUCUUUACUUACUCGGUGGACGUGACACUUAUGGUGCGUACCAAUCUGCCCUUUACUGCUAUGACAUCCUGGGUACUACGGACACCUGGAUAUAUCUUACACCCAAGGGGGGCAAGCAGGAACUACGUCGACUUGUUGGCCAUUCAACAGUGUUCCACCCUGAAUCAAAAUCCCUCCUUGUGUAUGGUGGGUUUACUCCUGACUAUGCACGCUUCAGUAAGCGCAGUAAACAAAUACACUCUUACCAUAUAGAAUUGAAUUAUUGGUCUCACCUUGAUGCUGAGCCACCCUACCAUCUCAAUGAUAACGCAUACAGUUUUAUUGAGCCUCCAAAGGACCGUGCGUUCCACUCGGCCAAUAUAAUAGGCAAUUAUAUGGUGGUGUAUGGAGGGAACUGUCAUAUUCAUCAACAUGAGGAGAUAUGCUAUGAUAAUAAGCUUUACCUGUAUCACUUAGGGUGCCAUGUUUGGAUUAACCACACAGCAUUAGAGUUACCUUGGACUGGAGGUGUAGCAAGCUCAGGAUUUGUCGGUGGCAGGUAUAGUCACGUGGCAUCAGUAGCAUUUGGGAACACACUGCUUAUAUCUGGGGGAUACCAGGGCACUGCUCUGGGGGACCUUAUUGCAUACAAGGUGCCCCCUUCAAUGGCUAGAAAUCAGAAUGAUGACAGUAUAAAAGACCAUUGUUCUGAGAUCACUGAUGGCAACUACUGUCGCUUUGAUCCGGAGUGUGCGCUGUGUACAAGCAAGAAACUUAAUGAUAUGCCUGGAUGUAUUCACAGAUCUAAAACUGGCGAUUGUAAUAGUAAAGGCAUCAUGGAUACCUCAGAAUGCCCUGGUAUAUGCCCCGCCCUCAAAGACUGUCAAUCAUGUGCAGUUCAAGGGAAAGGCUAUACAGUCACCACAGAGACCACCAAACAUGGACUAAAGUAUAACGAUCAGUGUGCAUGGUGUGUAAAGGAAGCCACAUGUCAGCUUAGUAAUGUGACAAGAGGUGCAUGUAACCACACAGAUGGGAGGAGGUCAGGCCUCACCGGAUGGUGGGGUAUAAUGAGCCAUCGACCAACAACUCUGGAAAUGUGUCGUCUUCAAGACAAACCUGCUGGAUUACACUUCCUGAAAUACCUCCCACCUCAGAAUCUUGAACAACCUGAUGAAGUGAUUAUCAUUCGGAAUACAACAGCCCAAUUUAUUGCAUUUGGUAGAAGACAACUGAUGGAAAUUGAGCAAACUCUAAAACCUGGCAAAUAUAUCGGACUUAUGAAAGGUUUCAUUUAUCCACUGGAGGCAGAGACACCCAGCAGGGAUCCCAUAAAAGUCACGAUGGUAGCCAAAAAUGCCCAAUCUGAUGUCUAUCUCAGUCUAGAUGACACGAAGGCACGCAAGGAGAAAGUGGCAUCACUGGCUUAUUCAAAUGUCCAGAGUGAGAUCAACGCUGUUAGGCCAAGCGGGGAGGCUAUAUUUCCUGUAAAUGAUCGCAGCUCUAGAUAUUAUGUAGAAUACACAGCUGAAUUGGAGAUAUUUGAUGACGUCAGGGUAGCCUCUAUGAAACUGUUUUGGAAUGGUGCUAUACCUGAUACUUCAAAGCUACGACAGGAAUUUUUCAAUGAAUUUCUCGAACCAUACACAGACACCGCCUCUAACGCAAACUGCAGUAACCUUGGCAACUGUCUAGCCUGCCUGAGUGACACUGUAUGUGGAUGGUGCAAGAACAAAGGAAAGUGCGUCAUGAGGAAUGAUGUCGAUAACGCUGGUUGUGCUACUACAUCUGCUACAGAACUGGUUAUUACACCUGCUGAUUGCACUGUUUGUAGCGAUCAUCUCUCUUGCCAUAUAUGUGCGGCAGAUAGGCUUUGCGAAUGGCUACCUAAUGAUGGGCGUUGCAUGAGAAGGGGAAGAUAUGUGAAUGCGAUACAAUCUGUGGGGCAAUGUGCUGCCGCUUGUCAUCUCCGUAGUAACUGCUCCACAUGCAUUGGAGAUAGAGGAGAAUGUGCCUGGUGUGGGAGCACUUCCACAUGUUUCCCAUUCUCCGACUACAUCACCCGCCACAACUUUGGGCAAUGCACUGAAUGGUUUGACAGCAAAAGCCAGAAUUGCAGUGAUUGUUCCCAACAUACAACCUGUAAGAGCUGCCUCAAGGAGUUCCAGUGUGGCUGGUGCGGGAAUACAGACAAUCCAACCAUAGGGCGAUGUCUCUCUGGGGAUUUCACUGGUCCUAGUGAAAACAACAAUUGCUCAGCUUUGGUAGCAGAAGUUAACAACAUCACCGCCUCUGAACCUGCAGCAUGGGCUUAUGGGAUAUGUCCUGAUGUGCAGGAGUGCACCCUGGGAAUACAUGAUUGCCACGAGAACGCAACUUGCAUCAAUACAUUUGAGAGUUAUAACUGUACUUGUAAGCAAGGAUUUGUGGGGGAUGGCAAGGAGCAGUGUGAUGUCACGUGUUUCCAUGAUUGUGUCUUCGGAACAUGCUCCGAGGCACCUGACUACAAAUGUAUCUGCGAUAGAGGCUGGACGGGUGAAGGCUGUGAUAUUAACUGCCAGUGCAACAAUCGCAGUACAUGUGUGUAUGGUGUCGGUCAGUGUGACAAUUGCGAGGAUUGGACUAUGGGGACUCAUUGCCAGGAAUGUAGACCUGGUAGUUAUGGCAACGCUAAAACAUCUGAAGGUUGUAAACAGUGUGAGUGCAAUGGACACGCAGACAAUGGCUUAGGCACUUGUAACAUGUCUACUGGUCAGUGCUACUGCAGGGAUAACACACGUGGUGAUCAUUGUGAGCUCUGCCAGGAGAAUUACUAUGGAGAUCCAAGAAAUAAUGGCAGAUGCUACCUAAAGUGUGAUGGCCGUACAGUUGUUACUGAUGUAGUAGAAGGGGCCCUUGGUUCCCAUGACGGCUCAGGAGUGGCGGACCCCUUACAUGCAUAUUGUGUGUGGUUCUUAACUGUUCACAAUGAGCUGACGUUCCCACCUGUCUCUGGUCCAGCAUCACCUAUUUUGCUAACUGUAGAGAAACAGAUGUCUGCUUUAUGCACAAAUGAUUAUGUUUAUGUGUAUGAUGGCAUCCCAGAUUUGGUACAUGCUCAGGACAAUGGUAACGCCACACUCCUGGCUGCCCUGUGUGGGCCAAACCUGAUGCAUGAUGUCACAGUGAUUGCCACCUCGGGCUAUCUUACAGUCCACUUUGAGGCAAAUAUAUUACCAGGAUCAGUUACAAAGGGGUUUAAUGCCACCUAUCAGAUACAUCGCUGCCCGGAUCACUGUCGUGGAACCCAGGAGUGCGUGAAUGGGGCUUGUGUGUGUAAGGCAGGCUAUGGGGGAGUGGGCUGUGAAUUGGUCUUAUGCCCCAAUGACUGUAUGGCAAAUCAAAGCCAGGGUUAUUGCGACCAGGCCCUGGGUCAGUGUAUGUGUUCAGAUGCCUACACAGGAGAAGAUUGUAGCAUCCCCUACCUUCCUAUUCAAGCUAAAUACCAUGACGCAAUCAACCCAUGGCGUGGAGACGGGGCUUCUGCAUUCACCAGCCAUCUCUCACGUAUGGGUCACGUCAUGGUGACAUGUGAUGAUGCUGUUUUCUAUAUGUUUGGUGGUUACUCACUUGCCAAUGGGGCUAAAAAUGAUAUGUGGGUAUACACAGUUGGCUCCAAUUCCUGGGAGCUGUUGAAACCAGAUAACACUGCACCACCUCCUAGGUACUGGCAUGCUAUGGUGUGUAUUCCUACGUUAAAGAUGAUCUAUAUGUUUGGGGGACACAUUAACACAAUGGGCUCAUAUAAUGAUUUCUGGAAGUACAGCAUAGAUGCCAAUAGAUGGAGCCAGCUGCAGGUACCAGGUGGUUAUGGGACAGACACAGAAGCAGACAGCUGGAGUCACAUGCAGACUUCUAACUUAGAUGACAGCAUGUACAUUGCCCCAAUGGCUGGUCACACUAUGACGCUGGUGACUGACACAAAGUUCGUAAUCCUUGGGGGAUUCUCCGCGGUUAACUACUACUCAGAUAAAGUGUAUGAGUUUGAUGCAGCCACUGAUAUAUGGAAAGACCUUCAGCCACGUGGAUCAUAUCCCCUUGGUCUUUACGGUCACAGCGCUGUGUUCCACCCACACAGCAAUGCCAUCUAUGUUUUUGGUGGAUAUGAGUAUAUGACAAACACAACAGUUGAGACAAACAGGCUAUAUACACUUCACUUGCAUCAGAACAGAUGGAGCAUGCUGCCUCAGGAGCCCGGUACUAUGGCUGACAAGCGCUACUUCCACUCUGCGGUCGUGGUUGGCGAGUAUAUGGCCGUUGUUGGAGGAUGGAUGAGUGAGAGUUACGUGACCCAUUCUAUACUGCUUUAUAGGUUUGACUGUAAUACAUGGACUCCAAUGACCCCUAAUGGUGAGACAAUAUUGGGUGAACCAUUUGAGACUCUAGCUGGUGUGACUGCAAUAUCAGAUAACAAUAACAAUAUCUACCUCAUGGGAGGUUUUAAUGGUGUAAGCCAAGGCACAAUGGUGAAGCUAACUGUGCCUGAGGAUAUAUGCAGCCUGGUCACUAACAUUGACUUGUGUUCUGAACAGUUAGGCUGUUCCUCCUGCCAGAUAGAAGGAAACAAUGGAACCAUCAAAUUUUCUGCCUGUUAUUCAAAUGACAAGAAUGUACCAUUAGAAUGCUAUGAGACGAACAAGACUACAAUUCUGAAGAAUGGCAAACAUUGCAACACAGCUUGGAGGGAGGGGGGAAGAGAAUGUGGCGUUCAUACUAACUGUAGCGAGUGUCUGGCUAUCUGGCCUGCUCAUCCGAGUGCACAAUUGUUGUGCCAGUGGUGUAGUGGAUGUGACCAUGGCAAGUGUAUUCCACUUGGCCAUAGCUGUCAGCAACUCAACCCAUGUACUCAGCUCCAACAGGGCCACACAGACUCAAGCCAAUGCCUAAGUAUUCAAUGCGCCUCAAGCGAUUGUGAGAAAUGUAUUGAAGGAAAUAAAUGCUUUUGGACCAGGCAUCUUACAAGGGCAUCUGAAAUUGGUCGACGCCUGAACCAGAUUCCAAUGUAUGGUUGGGGUUGCUUCAGUAAAUCUCUUGAACCAUCCGUCUACAACCAGUAUACCCGCCUAGCACUGUCUCCUCCAGACCCUUGCCCUACCAGGUGCUACCAACACGCUACAUGUGAAGCAUGCUUGGAUGCUGAUGGAGCAGAAGGUGGAACAACGUAUUGUAUGUGGAGCCAGUAUCUUAAUGAAUGCAUGACCCCAACGUACCUCCCUCUGCACUGUAGCAAUGGGGAAUGUGGUCAUAUGAUUAUGGGAAACAGUGCUAUGAUGUGUCCAGCCAAAUGCAGUAUACACACACAGUGUAGCCACUGUUUGGAGGCCCCAACCUGUGGCUGGUGCGCCUUUGGAGGCCUCAAUGGACGAGGAGUGUGCAUGGAAGGAGGACCACAUGGUCCCCAGUAUGGAUUAUGUAAUUCAAUGAAUGUAACACUAGGGAAUGAACCACUACCAGAGAAAGCACAGAAUUGGAGUAGGGAUGCUACUGGGGAGCCUAGCUGGUCAAUGAGUUCAUGUCCCGCAGAGAAUGAGUGCACCAAUGGCAACCAUGACUGUCAGGAGAAUGAGAAAUGUACAGAUAAGGAAUCUGGUUAUAUAUGUGAAUGCAAGCACGGCUACCAUAGAGACCCCUUGAGUGAAAUAUGCAAACCAACAUGCUCCCAAGGAUGUGGGGAGCAUGGUGUAUGUAUGGAACCAGAGAAGUGUGUUUGUCAUUUUGGUUGGGUUGGUCACAAUUGUUCCACGGAGUGUCUGUGCAACAAACAUAGCAAUUGUGUGAGUGUAGAGAAGAAAGAUGUCUGCUUAGAAUGCAUGAACAACACCCAGGGUACCCAGUGCCAGGAAUGCAAGCUUAACUACGUAGGGAAUCCUAUAGAUGGAGCUUCUUGCGUAUCUUGUAGAUUGUAUUGUAAUGGUCAUGCAGAGACAUGUCUUGAGAGAGAUUUGGAACAGUCAGUCCUGCUCUCUAUCUCACAUGGAAGCUCACAUAACGUGAGUGUUCCCACUAGAGGACCCAAGGAAGAUGCCGUGUGUGUGAAUUGUACCAACUUUACAAAGGGCGACACAUGUGACCAUUGCAUGACGGGACACUUUAGGGUCUCUCAGGACAAGACGCAAGCAUGCGAAAAGUGCAAGUGUCAUGGCCAUGGAGACACAUGUGAUGCUGACACGGGCACAGGGUGUCCUUGUGGUAACAAUACUGAAACACCUGGUAGAUGUACUGGCCAGUCUUCCAAAGAUGAUAAAAAUGCACAAUGCUCAGACAGUCAGUGUUCAUUGUGUAAGGAAUAUUUUGACGGGACACCUAAAGAUGGCCACCAGUGCUACAGGAAGAUGAUUGUGGAUAGCGAUUAUUGCUUUGACCCAAACACGCAGAGGUAUUGUGAAAAUACACCUGCUGCCCUCUAUCCACGAAGAGUUGUCUUUUUUGCAGUACAUCCAAAAUAUCAGAACGUUGAUAUCAGGAUCACUAUAGAUGUCACUAAAGGUGGUGCUGAUGUGUAUUUUUCACCACAUGCAGAUGUGUUUGUGGUCACCUAUGACCCAGUAGCUGAUGAGCAUUAUGUCGACAUAGACCCAAUGUACAAGAGUCGACUUGUAACAAGUGGUACAGGUGUCAGAUCAAAACGUUACUUAGACACAUAUGAGUAUGUGAUGGGCUCCAGAGAACACCUAGAAGACACACUGACAACUACUACUGUUGAACACAAUGGCUUUACUAGUCAGUCUCUUUAUACACCACAAGAUAAAUAUACAGAUUCACAUUCAGUUAGUGUGUUAAAAAGGAAACGAAGAGAUGAAUCUAAUCAGAACUCAACUACGCAAUAUUUUCUCAAUGAAGCAACAGCAAAUAAACUCAACACUUUCCUAACGCUGACCCAACUAAACACAACUUUAAUUGUGCGACAAGUCGAGUUUAGACUUGUCAUCACUCUACCGCAUGAAAUACACAACUUAAGGAAAUAUAGAUUCUAUGUGAUAAUGAAAGGAAGAAGUUCAAUAGAUAGUAACCAAACAUUUGGCAAGGUUUACUUCAGACAGGAUCAACCGCAUAUAAAUCUUUUUGUAUUUUUUUCAGUGUUUUUCUCGUGUUUCUUUCUCUUCCUUGCCCAAUGUGUUAUUGUGUGGAAAGUAAAACAAGCAUUUGACCUACGUCGCUCUCGGCAGCAACGAGCAAUCGAAAUGGAGCACAUGGCUUCACGGCCAUUCGGCAAAGUUUUAGUGUACAUUGAUACAAGUUAUGAGAACUCAAUAGAUGGGUUGUCUUCACCUCCCACUCUACGCAAACAUAAACACCCAUCGAAACAUAACUCAAAAUAUAUGUUGUCGAGUGAGACGCGUGAUAAUCCAGAGUCUUAUCUGAACAUCAAUCCUUUAGCCCUGGAGCCAACUGAUGAUGGAAUUGCUGUUAUCGGCACAGUCAUGUUUCAAAUGCCAGGUGGCGCUAGUGCCCCUGUAAAGACAUCAUUGGGUUCAGCUUUGAUGAGUAUGCGUCAAAUGUACCCAAGCCUGCACCUGCCAAAGCAAGGGAUUAGGAGGAGAACUAGUGCCCUACAGACUAACUGCUAGGCAUAGCAUUAUAGAUAUCUGUUUAACUGCUAGGCAUAGCAUUAUAGAUAUCUGUUUAACUACUAGGCAUAGCAUAAUAGAUAUCUGUU